AUGGAAAAUGUGCUGGCUCACCUAAUUGUAGAGGAUCGGCAGACAUGGAAGACUUUAAUUUUUGCGCUUGGUGACGCUUCGCGAAGGUAUUUUGAGGAAGGCCUCAGCAGUUCGCCGGGAGUAAUGUCAUCAGUCAUUGCGACAAUUAACAGCAGGCGAAAUAUUAAAGUGAUGUUUUUGAGCAAGUUACAGUACUUGUAUAUGUUCCUUAACAAGUUUGAGAGUGCUAGAGAUGAAAUGGAAUUUAAUAGAUUGGUAAUUUUUGGAUUAGAUGAGAUUUUGGGUUAUCCAAUUGAGGAGGGUCUCGACUCGUCACAGUUGAGACUUGCACAUCUAAUUUUCAGCGUUGCAUGUCGGGUGGAACAGACUAAAUCCAUAGAAAUUCAAUUUGUGCCAAGCUUGCCAUCUUCGUGCGAGGAAUUAGACGUGCUGGAGCAGUACUGGAGAGAGUUGUCUUCAGAAAGAUAA